UAAUGAUGCAGUUAUUAUCAUAGGAUUGAUGAUAUGAUUGUAGACCAGCGUCUCUGUAAUGAAUCAGCAGAGAUGCAGGGACACACUAUGACCUCUUAUGCAUUGAGUAUUGUUGUUUUUUCUUUGUCACUUCUGAUAAUAUGUGGGAAUCUUCUUGUAAUCAUCUCUGUUGUUUACUUUAAACAGCUUCACAGUCCAACAAACUUCCUCAUCCUCUCUCUGGCUGUGACUGACCUGCUUGUUGGAGCUUUAGUUUUGCCUUUCAGUGCAAUAUUGUCUAUGAGCUCAUGCUGGUAUUCGGGUUAUUUACUCUGUAAAAUGCGAGGUCUGUUUGAUAUUCUACUCUGUACAUCAUCCAUUUUAAACUUAUGCUGUAUAUCUAUUGAUAGAUAUUAUGCAGUGUGUCAUCCUCUAACAUAUAGGAAUAAAAUAAAUGUUCGCGUUUCUCUGAAUAUGAUCUUGAUAAGCUGGCUUCUUCCCCUGCUGCUUGCAACCGCUGUAACAGUUCGUGGGAUAGGCAUGGAGGACCCUAGCAAUAGGUGCAAAUUUUUUCUAGCUACAAAGGAAUCCAUUACUGGAUCAAUUUUUGCAUUUUACAUUCCUGCUAUUAUAAUUUUAACUAUAUAUCUAAAGAUUCUGGUGGUGGCAAAAAAACAGGCACGCCUCAUCCAGAACACUGUAAAGUGUGGCGCAGCUGUUGGUCAGACACAGAAAAAAGCUGACAAAACUCUUGCAAUUGUGAUGGGGGUCUUUCUUAUAUGUUGGACUCCUUUCUUUCUGUCUAUAGGGUUUUACAGGCUAAGAAAAGUUAUGAUACCAGAUAUAUUGGUGGAAAUAUUUAAAUGGAUUGGAUGGUCCAAUUCUAUGUUAAAUCCACUCGUUUAUGCUUUCUUCUACAGGUGGUUUAGAAGGGCUGUUAAAAUGAUCAUUCAGGGGAAAUUAUUUCAGGGAGAUUUUUCCAAUACAAAUCUGUUGUGAUUGACAAAUCUGUCUCCUGACAAAUUAUAAUGAACUUUUUACUUCUGCUUUAUGAUGUUUAGUGUACCAUUGAUAUAGAACCUCUUGAGUAACCUCCAUGGCAAUACACAGAUGGAUUUGUUUAUUUGUGCUUAUGUGUUCUUACCUUUACUUGGCUAACACUGUUGAGCUCUUACACUCUCUUCCCACUGUUGCUUCUCCUGUUUUAGUUUGGAAGAUGUUCUGAAAAA